UGCCCAGAAAAUUAUCUUAAACAAUAAGCAACAGCUUCUACUAUAAAGUGGCACAGCCAUGGGCUUCUGUUCAUCUGCCUGCAAGAUUUUGUGGAGAACAAAGUACUGUGUGCUGCUUAUUCUCUCGCUGUCGGUCGUCGCAUGGAUAACAGCCUUUCCAGGUGAAACUUUGAAAUCAAUUCGAGUUUCUUCUGCCACGACACAAACUCUUGUUAAAGGAGACGGUCUGAGGGAAAAACUCCAUUCAAUGACAGGAGCACCUGAUGACCUAAAUACUUCACCACAAAAGGUCGAUUGCCCCAAGGUCUCUCCUCUUCUCCAGGGAGCCAAGAACCUGUCCUUUGAUUCCUCUCUGACUCUGAACGAUGUGGUGACUGAAAAUGAAAAAGUGAGAGAGGGCGAGUACGAGCCCCCGGACUGUGCAGCGAGGCAGAGCGUGGCGAUCCUCAUUCCAUUUCGCAAUCGGGAAAGACAUCUCGUCUACUUCCUGCAUCACUUGCACCCAUUUCUGCAGAGGCAGCAACUACACUACGCCAUUUAUGUCAUCAAUCAGGCUGGCAAUGUAACCUUUAACCGCGCCAAGUUACUAAACAUUGGAUACUUGGAGGCGUUGAAGGACUACAAUUGGGACUGCUUCAUAUUCCAUGAUGUGGACCUUAUUCCAGAAAAUGAUCAUAACUUGUACGUCUGCGAGGACCAGCCCAAACACUUUAUGGUUGCCCGGAACUCAACAAGAUAUAAGUUGAUGUCCCCAAGUUACUUUGGAGGAGUCACAGCUUUGACCAGAGAACAGUUUUUUCAAGUGAAUGGAUUUUCAAACUCAUACUGGGGUUGGGGCUGCGAGGAUGAUGAUCUGCGUAUCAGAGUUAGGCAGCACAAGAUGACGAUUGUGCGGCCUCCUGAAGAUGUAGCCCGAUAUACCAUGGUGUUUCAUAAGCGGGAUAAGGGCAAUGAAGUUAACAAAGACAGGAAGACGCUGAAAGGACAAACACCGAAGAAUUGGAGGAAUGACGGACUGACAAGCUGCUCCUAUAAGACUCUGUCAUUAGACAGACUUCCUCUUUAUGUGAACGUUACUGUGGACAUUGGUAAACCGUAGAGUUCACAUCUGAAACUGAAAAAUCUUGCUGUGACCAAGAAGACCCAGUUCCACAUACAAAG